CCCAUCUUGUGUUUACACAGGGAUCUUUAAACACUGUUAGCAAUAUCUCACAAAUCCUUAUGAAAGCAGGUUUAUAUUGCACUGCUGCUUUGCUUCAUGACACGCUUCUGAUGGGGGCGGGGCCACCUUGAAGUCAACCAAUCACAGCCGCGGAUACAAACGCUGCCGCCUCUGACUGGUUUGCACGGCUGUCAAUCACAGACUGAGCGCACUGUCCUCCAGAACGCACUUUAUUCCGAGAGAAAGAGAGAGAGAGAGAGAGACGGAUCCGUAAUGCAGCUCAGAUGGGCCUUAAAUCGCCCCAAUGAUGAGCUCCCGCUGUGUCUGUCCACCCCGGGAUGUCCCCGACUCGAGACCACGAGACAACUACCAACUUAAUUCAGGAGUGUGAUUAAUUAAAAACGGCUCCGUAAUGGAAGGCACGCACACUGUGCUGCGUCUGUACAAACCCAUCCAGGAGCUGUGCUUCAUCAGUCUCUACUUCCCAACCAGGAAGUCCCGAGGUUUCCCACGAGCUGACCAAACCCCUCGUGAAGUCCGGCCUCGGGAUGAAGACGCUAAACAAAGAGGCCAGUAUUCCUGCGAGGCCACAAAAGCAGCGGUCGCACAGCUCCACUGGCUGACCACAGAACACCAUCAGCUGCUCACGCACCUCUUGUCUUUAUGCAGUGAAUGUGCAGACAGGAUUAAGAUGGGCAACCAGGACGGGAAGCUCCCGGAAGGACACGGGGAACAUCUGGGACAUGAUGUUAGCAACAGUAACUUCCCUACAUCUCUGCCCCCGGAGCAUAAGAGAGCAGCUUCUAGAGUUCGUAAGCUGAAGAAGCUGGGUUCUAAGAAGAUGGACAGCGCUGAAGAGUUCUUGCAGAGUAGGAUGAAGAAGAAGGUGCAAAGUGGAGCGUCUGAGUUUUCCCCGAAAGCACCCGGAACGCCAAUCUCUUUUCGGGGCCGGGAUACUUCAGGGUCAGAGUCUUAUGUCAGCGUCUCAAGCGAGCCUCUUCUUCCAAUGGAGGAACACUUCCAGAUCGCUCACGACGGAUGGGAUUUUAUGGAAGAGCCUCGUUCUUUUGAGUCUGAGAUGGAUCUUUCGGAGAUUGAUAACCAACUCACUUCGGAGUGCGAGGAACCACUGGGAAACCAACCUGGAUGUGUGCUACAGGAGCCAAUGCCCAUUGGGAACCAACAAGGUCAAUCAACCAUUGGAAGAUUGGAAGUCAACCAAAGGGACGACAACAAGGACAACCAGGAAUCUGGAUCCAAUUCCAGUUUGGAAGUUGGACAAGAAGAGAUCAAACUCUUUACUCAGGUGAACACCAAAUCAAACUUCUCGCCUUACGUUGACGCCAACUCUAGAAGCUCUACGCUUCAUCCCUGGAGCAAGAGCCCUACAUCCAUCUCUCUCUCUGGGAUCUUCAACGUGUCUUAUCCUCCAACCAACAGUUUCCAAAGCAUGUCUCCUGUCCUGUCGCCUCUGUCUUCUCAACUUUCGAGUCCCCAAAUGAACCACCGGAUUGUGUUGCUUCCUGAGGAUGAUGGAAAUAAACGCUCCUCGAGAGACGAGCCCAAAGUCGCCACAGAGGUCAUCGACAAAAACGGGAACCGUCGGACGGUCACACGUCUUGACCUGAACCUCAGCAAUCAUUUCAACGUGAACGGAGCCAGUACAUCGACCUCAGAAAACUGUCUGUUGCGGACGGAGGACAUCUGGAUGCUGGAUGCGGAUGAAUCUGUUACCCAGGAGGCAUUGCGUCGUCUCAGCAGACCGGAUCACCUGGACUUCCUGAGAAUCACACCACCAGAGGAUGACAUCAUCGGAGACACUCCGUAUAAUCCCAAACUCGGAAUAACAUCUGAGGUCACGUCUCCGUCUGACGGUGAGGACCGAACCCCUGGCCGUCUGCAGGCCGUCUGGCCUCCACCGAAAGAGGAUGGAGAGGAGAAGGUGGGCCUGCGCUACACUGAAGCCGAGCACCAGGCUGCUCUCCUGCAGCUGAAGAGAGAGUUUAAAGAGGAGCUGGAGAAACUGCAUGCAGAUUUCGAGCUGCAGAUCUUCCAGGUUCGAGGCGAGCAUGCGCAGGUCGUGUCUCGUCUGGAGUCGCUCAUCAGCAGGAUGCAGAAGGAGCAGGUGUAUAAUACUGUACAGGAGCGCGGCGAGCUGCAGGACAUCUGCGUCUCCACCGAAGACGACCAGCCACCCAAAAGCUUCCGGAACGUGUGCAUCCAGACGGACCGCGAGACCUUCAUCAAGACCCCUGAGAGCGACGGGGCCAGACCAGCGCUGGGCUCCAGCCCGCCCAAAAAACUGGACCUGGACUCAAUAAGCAUGAGUUUGGGAGUGAGUCCAGGACCGCCUCCUGCCCCUCCUCCUCUACCUGGUAGCUCCGCCCCUCCAACGCCUUUUCCUGGUAGCUCCGCCCCUCCUCCUCCUCCACCCUUACCUGGACUUUCACAUGCCCCGCCCCCUCCACCGCCUCUCCCAGGAGCCCCGCCCCCUCCUCCACCCCUCCCUGGAGCUCCACCCCCUCCUGGUCUUCCAGGAGCCCCGCCCCCUCCUCCACCCCUCCCUGGAGCCCCGCCCCCUCCCGGACUUUCAGGAGCUCCUCCCCCUCCUCCACCCCUCCCUGGAGCCCCGCCUCCUCCCGGUCUUCCUGGAGCCCCGCCCCCUCCUCCACCCAUGCCGGGAUGUGGUGCUCCUCCUCCCCCUCCUGUUUUUGGCGGGUUUGGAUUCGGACAGGCGACUGAGAAAGCUCCGCGUAAACCUGCUGUCGAGCCGGCCUGCCCCAUGAAACCGCUCUACUGGAACCGCAUCCAGAUUCAGGACCAGAAUAAUAACACACUCUGGAGUUCACUGGAAGAGCCUGAUAUCAUAAACACUCAAGAGUUUGAGGAUCUGUUCUCCAAAGCCACCGUCCAGCCCAAGAAGAAACCGCUGUCAGACCAGUACGAGAAGAAGAACAAGACCAGGAAGGUAUCUAUCUAUCUAUCUAUCUAUCUAUCUAUCUAUCUAUCUAGACGUGGAUUAUUUGCAAAAGGUUCCUUUUGCAAAGGAGAUUUUAUUGUGGAGUACAGGGGUGAGUUGAUCAAUUAUGCAGAGCUGGAGAGGAGAAGAAAACUCUACCACCCAUCCUGUGCUGUUUUUAUGUUCGAGUUUAAGUGGAGAGGGAAAACAUGGUGCAUUGAUGCAUCUAGGGAAGAUGGAUCAUUUGGGCGGUUAGUUAACGAUGACCACCAACAUCCAAAUUGUAAGAUGAAGAAAAUCGAUGUGAAUGGAAAGGCACACCUGUGUUUAUUUGCGCUGAAAGACAUUAAAGAAGGAGAAGAAAUCACAUAUGAUUAUGGGGGAGACGACUGCCCAUGGAGAACCCAAGAGAGUAGCAUUGCUGCUAAUAGCAGAGCAGCAGGAGAGUAG